AUGAAAUUUUUUGCUUAUUUUGCAGUUAUUGCUUUAUCUUCAGCAAGUUUGAUUAAUCUAUUCAAAAGAGCCACUGCCAAUGGCUGCGAAGUGGAAUCUUGCUACAAAGCUCACCAAACUUUAAUCAACAGUUGUAAUGGCGCUUUCGAUUUCAACUGUCUUUGCAACUUACCACAAUCUUAUUUUCAAAACUUGUACGAUUGUUCCAAAAGCUGUGAUACUUUGCAGGAAAGUGAUAUUCAUAGUCCGUCUGACAUAAGACUGAUUUAUUGUGAAGCUGCGUCCAAUAGUAUAUACACUUUUUCUAUUGAUUCCAUCUCCUUGGAUAUGAUUGGUUAUAGUGAUUUUGAAACUGACACUGAAGCUACAACUGGAAGUGAUACAAGAACUAAAGCAGCAACUGGAGCAACAACUUCAGCUGGUACUGGUGUUACCAAAACUCUGGAAACUGGUGGCGUAAGUAGCACUGCUAAUUCUGAGGCAAAACUGGGAAGUGUAACCACCAGUAAAUCCGGUAGUACUUCUAUUAGUGAAUCUAAAACUACAAGCGGGUCUUCUAGUAGUGGAAAGUCAAGCUCCUCCACUAGUUCCGCUUCAUCUCAGCAGACUAGUAGUCAUGCGGGUGGUGCAUCAGGUGCCUUUGUGUCUUUGUUGGGCUUGUUUGCUGCUUUAUUGAUUUAA